GAGCCGCGCGGCGCGCACCCACCGCCGCCCCGACCCGCCGCCGCCGCUGCCUCCCGCCGCCCCGGCCGGGCCGCCCGCCCCACGCCGCCGCCGCCGCGCCCCGAGGCCGUGUCCACCCCCGCCUCCCCGGCACCAUGGUCCCCCGCCGGCUGCUGGCCCUCGUCUUGCUGUUGGCCCUCGCCGCCACUGCUGCCACCACCCCGGGGUCCUCGUGGAGCGCCGUGCCCCGAAAAACUGUUCCCUAUGCGGAGCUGAAGGAUGCGGCCAAGCGCUUCUCGCAAGGGGGGAUCUCGCACUACCUGACGCUGACGCUGGACAAGGCCGAGGCGUUGCUCUACGUGGGUGCCCGCGAGGCUGUCUUUGCCCUGGCCACCGGCACCGUGGAGCUCAAGGCGGCGAUCUCCUGGGAAGCCCCUGUGGACAAGAAAGCUGAGUGCAUCCAGAAGGGCAAAAACAACCAGACCGACUGCUUCAACUACGUGCGCUUCCUGCAGAGCUACAACAGCUCCCACCUCUACGCCUGCGGCACCUAUGCCUUCCAGCCCAAGUGCACCUACAUCGAACUCUCCAGCUUCACCCUGGACCAAGUGGCUUUUGAGGACGGCAAGGGGAAGUGUCCGUAUGACCCCACCAAGGGACACACCGGCCUCAUCGUGGACGGGGAGCUGUACUCGGCCACCUUCAACAACUUCCUGGGCACGGAGCCUGUCAUCCUCCGCAACCUGGGCCCCCACUACUCCAUGAAGACGGAGUAUCUCACCUCCUGGCUGAACGAACCCCACUUCGUGGCUUCAGCUUACGUGCAGGAGAGCGCAGCCAGCAGCACGGGGGAUGACGACAAGGUUUACUUCUUCUUCAGUGAGCGGGCGGUGGAGUACGACUGCUACGCCGAGCAGGUGGUGGCACGUGUGGCACGCGUCUGCAAGGGGGAUGUCGGUGGUGCCCGCACACUGCAGAAGAAGUGGACAACCUUCCUGAAGGCUCGCCUGGUGUGCUCGGCGCCCGAGCAGCAGCUCCACUUCAACCGCCUCCAGGCAGUCUUCACCCUGCCGGGGGCUGAUUGGCAGGACACCGCCUUUUUUGGGGUCUUCCAGGCCCGCUGGGGGGACGUGGAUGUUUCAGCUAUUUGCCAGUACCACAUCCUGGAGGUGAAGAAGGCAUUUGAGGGGCCCUACAAGGAAUACCGGGAGCAGGCGCAGAAGUGGGGCCGGUACUCGGAUGAGGUGCCGAGUCCCCGUCCCGGCGCAUGCAUCACCGACUGGCACCGCCAGAAUGGUUUCGCCAGUUCCCUCGAGCUGCCCGACAACACCCUCAACUUCGCCAAGAAGCACCCGCUGAUGGAUGAGCCCAUCUUGCCGCACCACGGGCGCCCGCUUCUCCUCAAAAAAGACGCCAACUUCACCCAACUGGUGGUAGACCGGGUGCCCGGGCUGGAUGGCACCAUCUACGAGGUGCUUUUCAUCGGCACAGGUGACGGCUGGGUGCACAAGGCGCUGAACCUGGGCACUCGCGUCCAUCUGGUAGAGGAGCUGCAGGUUUUUGAGCCGGCGCAGCCCGUGGAGAGUCUGGUUCUGGCUGGCCGGAAGAAGCUGCUCUUUGCCGGUUCCCGUUUCCAAGUGGCCCAGUUGCCCCUGGCCGACUGCGGCCGCUACCAGUCGUGCACGGACUGCGUCCUUGCCCGGGAUCCCUACUGUGCCUGGAGCCGCAACGCCAGCCUCUGCAUCCACACCGAGGGCCUCAAUGGGUCCCACCUGGUCCAGGACAUGCUGAGCUCCGACACCCAUGCCUGCACCCUGCCGCAGGUGGCCAAGCAAGGGCCUAUCACCCCCAAAAACGUGACGGUGGUGGCAGGCACUGACCUGGUGCUGACGUGCCGUUUGGGCUCCAACCUGGCCCAGGCAGUGUGGACCUUCGAGGGCCGGGCGCUGGCAGCCGAGCAGGCACUGGUGCUACACGACACCCGUCUGCGGGCUCUGGUGGUGCCAGGAGCCGGGGCGCAGCACAGCGGCACGUACCGCUGCUUCUCGGAGGAACAGGGUGCCCGGCUGGGCGGCGAGGUGUACCGGGUGGCGGUGUUGGCCGGUCCCGGCAUGCCGCUGGAGACGCGGGCACCGCUGGAGAGCCUGGGGCUGGUGUGGGUGGUGGCGGUGUGCCUGGGCGCCCUGUGCCUGGUGCUGGUGCUGGUGGUGCUCUCACUUUGGCGACGGUUGCGGGAGGAGUUGGGCAAAGGCACCAAAGCCAUCGAGAGCACCCUGGUGUACCCCAUCGAGCUGCCCAAGGAGCCCCCUAGUCCCCGCUUCGUGCCCAGCGCUGCCUCUGACUCUGACGAGAAGCUCUGGGACCCGGCCAGCUACUACUACUCGGACGGCUCACUCAAAAUUGUGCCGGGUCAUGCCACCCGCCGUAAUGGUGGCCCUCCCGGUGCCACUUCGCCGCCCAAUGCCAUUCCCGGGCAGCCCCUCCACUCACCCACCCGCAUCCACCUGGGUCCCCUGCGUGGUUCCUCCUCCAAUGGCUACAUCCGCCUGGCACUGGGUGCCGAAGAGCGGCCGCCCUGCGCCGAUUUGGCCGAGGAGCUGCGGCGCAAGCUGCAGCAACGCCAGCCCCUACCUGACUCCAACCCCGAGGAGUCAUCGGUCUGAGCUGCCGGCAGGCGGCUCCCCCGCUGCCGAGCAGCCGUACCUACCUCAGGGCCUGGCCUGGCACCCGCCGCGGGGACCCCAGUGCUGGCACCCACUGUGGGGACCACCGCCUCGGCACCAGCACCCAACUUGGGGCUGCCGUGUGAGCGCCAGCGACCAUUGCAGGGAUGCCGGUGCCCAUCUUGGGGACGACUGCCGCACCGGCACCCGCUUUGGGGUCGGGACUGCCACCCUGGCACUGGUACCCGUCUUGGGGACUGCUACCCUGGCACCCACCUUGGGGCCGGGGCACUGGUAUCCAUCUUGGACACCGGAGCUGCUCUUGGUCACCACGUCCGCCUUCGGUACCGUGUCCCAGGCAAGGGACCGACCUUGGGGACCGCCACUGGUAUUGGGGACCACCGAGCCCCCCCAGGCACCAUGGCCCAUCCUGGGCAGCAGCUGCAGGAUGUUUAUUUGGGACAAUUUAAGAACCAAUCGGGUUUUUCUUCCUGAGAAUUUUUCUAACAGCUCCCUCACACGCACACCCCGCCCCCCCCCCCCCCCCCGGACUCCCCCCCCAGCCCUGGGGAGGACUUCGUAACCCCUUGGCCCUGGCUGUAAAUACCCCCUCCCGCCUGCCCUCCCCCCCCCCGCACGCUGCCCUCCUGGGUCCCUUUUGUAUAACCCCUCCCCAGUGUAAUUUAUUUGUUACCAAAAUAUAUUUAUUUCCUGUAAAUACGUAUUUUUAUAUUAAUAAUAAAAAGGAG